AUGCCCCGCAGACAGGAGUCAUCACAGCGACCCUUGCUUGACCCGUCCGAAUCUUCAACUCACCGACCUGUCUAUGAGCCGGAAUCGGCUCUAGUAUAUCAGCCGGCCGCCAACUCAAUUGCUGAGUCCUACUCUGUUCACCCUCCUCUUCGAUCAUUAUCCCAGACUAGUAGCAGCCACCCUGCUCUAAUCUCUGGCAUCCCAAAGCUGGCAAUUGGCAGCACAGGCUCUGCUGCGCCCAGCACUGGUACCACUAAUUUGGCUGGCCUUAGAACACUAUGCCAAACAGGAGACUCUACCUUUUCUCUCUCCGGGAGAAGAGAAGCUAGUUUACUAAGUACGUGCUGUUUCGGCGUUUCGUUGGUUUUUCAUUAUCUCUUUCCCUAUAAUAGGUAA